AUGUCGGUGAUAGUAAAUGAUAGUCUGACGAAAGAUUUCAAGGUAUCUAGAGGCCUUAGACAAGGUGAUCCUUUUCCGCUUUUUCUUUUUACAAUUGUUGUGGAAGGAUUGACUAUUUUGGUUAGGAGGGCUGUUUGUGCAAGUUCUUUUAAAGAAUUCAAGUUUGAUAAUGGAGCGGCUCACAGCCUAUUGCAAUAUGUGGACGACACGAUCUUUAUUGGGGAUGGAUCUUGGUCUAACUUGUGGUCGAUGAAAUCGAUUUUAGUGGGCUUUGAAUUGAUUUCGAGUUUGAAGAUUAAUCUAAGAAAGAGCUAUCUAUUUGGUAUCAUGAAUGAUGAUUACUUUAUGAAGGCAGCAGAACAUUUCAUUGGGUGUAGAAUAGACGAGCUUCCGCUUAAAUUCCUUGGUUUAACUGUGGGAGGGAAUCAUAGGUGUAUUUCCUUUUGGAAUCCAGUGGUUAAAUGCAUGAAGACAAGGUUGUCCUCAUGGAAGGGAAGUUGGCUUUCGAUCGGGGGUCGCGUAACUCUUAUAAACUCGAGGAAGUUCUUAUGGGUGGGGUCGAAAGAAAAAAGAUGCAUCGCGUGGGUGAGUUGGAAAUCAAUCUGUAAAUCUAAGGAGGAGGGUAGUUUGGGGAUCAAAGACUUGGGAAUGUUUAACAAGGCUUUGUUAGCAAAAUGGUGGUGGAGAUUCCUAACCGAUGGAUAG